AUGUCAGAUUAUUCGGACCCCCUCUCAUCAGCGGAUAUUCCAGAUGAAGCUUCCCUCAAAAAGGCGUUGCAGGAUGCUGUUGCAAGGAUUUUCAAAUCUGGAAAAAUGGAGGACCUGACAGUGAAGCGCGUGCGAUUAGCAGCGGAGAAAUCGCUUGGGUUACAGGAGGGGUUUUAUAAGGGAGACGCCAUCUGGAAAGCAAAAAGCGACACGGUGAUAAAAGACGAAGUGGAAGCGCAAGAAAGACUGCAAGAACAGAAAGAGAAAAAAAGAAAAGCAACUGCACCAGAGAAGCCUUCGACAUCUAGUAAAGCGAAGCAGGCGAAGCGGAUACCAGGCAACGCAAAGGAGGGAGCUAGGAAGAAACGAAAACAGACUACACCUUCGGAGAAUGAGGAAGAGCUCUCAUCUCCACUGCGCGGCAUGGAAGAGACCCUUGUGGGUGUCAGUAAGAAAGCAUCUCGGCCGACCAAGCCAGAAAAGGUGCAAGACAAGAACGUAAAAGAGCCCACGCCAGUCAAGGAUUCUAUUCCAGAGCAGGAGGAUACGAAAAGUGAACCAGACGAAGAACCGAAGCAUAUAGGGACUAGAGAUGAUGAACCAGCAUCGGAAAGUGAAAUGUCGGUUGUCCUAGAUGAAGCGCCAAAGCUGAAAAAGAAGCGAGAAACGGCACCAAAGAAGUCCAAAUCGAAAACAAAGACACCCGCUUUGAACAAGGAUGCCAAUUUAGACCCUGACCAAGCAGAGAUAAAGCGACUGCAAGGUUGGCUAAUCAAAUGUGGAAUCCGAAAAAUGUGGGCUCGCGAAUUAGCGCCUUUCGAUACAUCAAAAGCGAAGAUACGCCACCUGAAGGAUAUGCUGAAGGAUGCUGGGAUGGAUGGGCGAUAUUCUCUCGAGAAAGCUAGGGUGAUUCGAGAAGAAAGAGAGCUUAAGGCGGAUUUAGAGACGGUCCAAGAAGGCGCAAAAAGAUGGGGCAAGAAGGACUCCGGCGAUGAAGAAGCUGGAGGGCCAUCAACAAGGCGGCGACUGGCACGCGGGUUUCGAAGCCUGGGUUUCCUUGAUGACGACGAUGAUGAUGGUGAGGAGUCGGGUUGA